UUUUUUGUACCUUUUUGUAGGACUAAACAUAUAAAUACCACAUCACAGACCUUCACCUUGUUCAGUGGAAUGUGAGACACUCCCUCUGUAACAUUUGUGCGUUUCCAAAAGUUUCAUUUCUCCUGAUGUUAGUGAUGGCGUCUGCUGGUCUAAGAAAGGAGCUGGAAUGUUCCAUCUGCCUGAACAUUUACACCAAUCCUGUAAACCUGACAUGUGGACACAACUUCUGCCGGGUCUGUAUUGAUCGUGUGCUGGAUACACAGGAAAGAUCUGGAGGUUAUUCCUGUCCUGAAUGUAGACAGGGGUUUCAGGAUCGGCCUGCACUGCACAGGAACAUAACUCUACGUAACAUAGUGGAGAAUUUCCUUUCUUCUCAGCCAGACCAGGCGGAGACCGAGGUCUUUUGUACUUACUGUGUGGACUCUCCUGUACCUGCUGUUAAAUCCUGUCUGCUGUGUGAAGCUUCGCUUUGUGAUAAGCACCUGAGUGUCCACAAAAAGUCACCAGCACAUGUCUUAUCUGACCCCAGCACUUCCAUGGAAAAGAGAAAAUGCUCCAUCCAUAAAGAGAAGAUCCUGGAGUAUUACUGCACUGAAGACUCUGCCUGUAUCUGUGUGUCCUGCUGUCUGAUUGGAGAACACAGAGGACAUCAGAUGGGGUCAUUGAAUGAGGCCUCUGAGAAAAGGAAGAAUAAACUAAAAAAUGUUCUACAGAAACUGGUGACAAAGCGAGAGGAGACUGAGGAAAUAAUACAAAGUCUACAGGAACAUCGUGGGACGGUAGAAGAAAAAGCUGCUGCUGAAAGAAAAAGAGUCACUUCCCUGUUGGGAGACCUCAGGAGACAGCUGGAAGACCUGGAGAAGAGAGUCCUGAGUGAGAUAUCUAAGCAGGCAGAGGAGGUGUCACGUUCAGUUAAUGAUCUGGUGCGACAGAUGGAAAUAAAGAAGAAUGAGUUGUCCAGGAAGAUGGUUCACAUUGAGGAGCUGUGUAACACGACGGAUCCAUUGACUAUCCUACAGAAAUCAGACACAGGUGACUUGUGUGAUACUGAGGAUGGAGAUAAUGAGGACAGAGAGAGACAUGGUCAACUCUUCCAUGACCAUGGGGAUCUGGAUGUAGCUGAGAUUUCACGCACAUUACAGGCCGGUUUAUCUCGUAUAAUGAAAGAGGCAAAUGAAAAGAUCUAUAUACCCGAAACUGCAGACAUAUUAUUGGAUGUAAACACAGCCUGUAAUACGCUAAAUAUAUCAGAUGACCAGAAAACUGUGUCCUACUUACCAAACCAGAAUCGUACAGAAACACCAAAGAGGUUUAAGGUUUAUCCUCAGGUGAUGAGCAAUCAGAGUUUCAACUCGGGAAAACAUUACUGGGAAGUGAUUGUCGGGGAGUCACAGAGUUGGAAUGUUGGAAUGUGUUACCCCAGUAUAGUGAGGGAAGAAAAGAAGUCAAGAAUUGGUUUUAAUAACAAGUCUUGGGGUUUAUGGAAGUGGAAUAAUCAAUACUUGGUGGCAUAUUGUAGUCAAAAAAUCCAACUACCUUACAAUAUUUCCAGUAACAAAGUAAGGAUAGAUCUGGAUUAUGAGGCUGGGAGGAUUUCCUUUUAUGAUUUGUGUGAUCCGAUUCAACACCUCCACACCUUCACCACCACCACCUUUACUGAGCCCCUCCAUGCUGCAUUAGGUGUAUGGGAAGGUUGCUUAAAGAUAUCUGGAUAAUCUAUAAAAAAUGAUCAGAAAUUGCAAAUGUGUGCCUUCAUAAUGAUAAACAGAAAAAUAUUAAAAAAGCGUUGUUGGAGCAAUAUGUUAAAAAAAAAUGUACAAUUUCAAUAAUUGCAUUCUAUAAAUAUAUAAUCACUUUUCAGUGUUAAAUAUGUAGGAUUUUAGUGUAACAUGUAGGAUUACUGAGUACUAAAAACCCUUGAUUAAACUA